AUGUCCCCAGCAUACAAGCAAUUCCUCUUUGCAGUGCUUGUUGGUUUUGCUGUUGCGGUUUCAGUCGAUUCUCAGAACCAAACAGGCUUCAUUAGCAUAGAUUGCGGUCUACCGUAUAAUUAUAGCUACACUGAAAGGACAACAGGCAUUAACUAUAUUUCAGACUCGGCCUUCAUAGACACCGGUGAAAGUGAGUACUUAUUGGGUGAGUUGAAAUUUUAUCAGCAAUACGGGUACCUUAGGAGCUUCCCUCAAGGAGUGAGGAAUUGCUACAAAAUAAACAUUACAAGUGGCACCAAAUAUUUGAUCCGAGUGGGUUUUCAAUAUGGGAAUUACGACGGAAAAAAUGAAGCACCCGAAUUCGAACUACAUAUCGGACCUAAUUUGUGGGAAAUAAUGAAUUUCUCAAUGGUUGUUUAUGAAACAACCAGAGAGCUUAUACAUACCCCUCCGCAAGACUACAUACAUAUUUGUCUGGUGAACACAAACAGAGGGGUUCCAUUUAUAUCGUUAAUAGAACUAAGGCCUUUACUUAGUACAUCUUAUGCAGAAACAAAUGUGUCCUUGGCACUUGUCUCCCGCAAAGACACUGGUUUAUUAGCUAAUGAUACAACAUACAACUUCAGGUAUCCAACCGAUAUUCAUGAUCGCGUGUGGGAUACCGAAUCCGUUAAUGAUGAGGAGUUGCAAUUAAGUACCCCAGCCUUGGUGAACAAAUCUUAUUUUCAUGCUGAUUUCCAAAUACCUUCUGCUAUCAUGAGCACUGCUGUCGCCACAAAAAAUGCAAGCGAUCCUUUGGAUGUUUACUUGGAUGCUGUUGAUAACAAUCCAGAAUAUCAUGUUUACUUGCAUUUUGCAGAAAUUCAAAAGCUCCCAUCCCACCAGCAGCCCAGAAAUUUAUAUAUUGUUUUGAACGGACGGCCUCAAGAGCCGUCAUUUGUUCUACCUUACUUGUCCACAUAUACACUUCACACCACCUGGCCCAGUACAAUAUUUUCUUCUAUGUCAAUCCUCAAGACUGACAACUCUACCCUUCCACCCAUCCUCAAUGCCUAUGAGACUUACAAGGCUAAAAAGUUCUUACAAUUGGAAACAAACCAAGGAGAUAUUGAUGCAAUUGAAAACAUCAAGUUAAGUUACAAAAUCAGUAAGAACUGGCAAGGAGAUCCAUGCAGCCCUCAAGCUUACAAGUGGGGAGGACUAAAUUGUAGCUAUCAUGAAUCCAGGCCCCCAAGAAUCAUAUCUUUGGACUUGUCCUCCAGUGGAUUAAGAGGCCAGAUAUCUCCUUCUAUAGCCAAUCUCUCAAUGAUACAAGCUUUGGAUUUAUCAAACAACAACUUGACAGGACCAAUUCCAGACUUUUUGUCUCACAUGCCAAAUUUAACCGUCCUAAACUUGGGGCAAAACAAGCUCAGAGGCCAAGUUCCAGCAGGGCUCAUUGAUAGAAAUAAAACUGAUGGCCUAUCAUUGAGUCUGUGUGAAAAUCCAAAUCUACCAAAUUCGGACAUGUUUCUUGCAAAUCAAGGAAGAAAGCCAAUCGAGCCACGGGGUAGAAAAUUUACAAAAUCAGAGAUCGACAAGAUUACCAGCAAUUCUACACUAAUUGGACGAGGCGGAUUUGGAGAAGUCUACCAUGGCACUCAAGUUGCUGUGAAAAUACUUGAUUUAUCAUCAAGUCAAGGCUCAGAAGAAUUUCAAAAUGAGGUUAAGUUAUUGAUGAGAGUUCAUCAUAGAAACUUGGUUUCUCUAAUUGGCUACUGUGACGAAGGUGACACUAUGGCGCUUAUUUACGAAUACAUCGUGAAUGGAAAUUUGCAACAGCAUAUAUCAGCUGCAGAUAUACCUUACAAGGGCUUGACUUGGAAGCAGAGACUUCAGGUUGGAGUAGAUGCAGCACGAGGAUUGGAAUAUCUGCAUGAUGGUUGCAAACCGCCGAUACUGCACAGAGAUUUGAAGCCUUCCAACAUCUUGUUAACUGAGACGUUGCAAGCCAAGAUAGCGGACUUCGGAAUUUCUAAAGCUCUUGCAACUGAUUCUGCCACUCAUGCAUUAACAGACCUCAGAGGAACAUAUGGGUACCUGGAUCCUGAAUAUUGCACAACUGGACAGCUCACUAGAAAGAGUGAUUCAUACAGCUUUGGGAUUGUGUUGCUAGAGCUUAUAACUGGCAGACCAGCAAUAAUAACAGAAUUAGAAACUGUACCUGUUAAUGUAUCUGAUUGGGUGAGGGCUAAAUUUGAGAGAAUGGAAAUUGAAAGCAUAGUGGAUUCGAGAGUACAAGGGACAUACAAGUAUUCUUCUGCACAGAAAGCUAUAGAAACUGCCUUGGCUUGUGUAUCUAAAACACCAACAGAAAGGCCAGAAAUAAGUCAUGUGUAUGACAGAUUGAAGGAAUGCUUUGAGAUUGAGAAGGUUUCUGAGGAAUUAGAGAUUGGGAGUGGCGAUGAGGGACGAUUAAUAACUCAAAUCAGAGAUUGCUUGGAAAUGAACUCCCAGGUUCAGUCUAAAGGACUUACUGUUUAGG